AUGCGAUCCUCUGCUAUUUCCGGCGCUCUCCUCGCCCUCCUCGGCGCUUCUAUGGUCUCCGCCCAAACCUUCACCCUGUGCGACCCGACCAAGAAGGACUGCCCUGCCGACCCUGCCAUCGGUGGAGACUUCACCGUUGAUUUCACCAAGGGCAAGAGCAGCUUCUUCCACCUCGCCGACGGCACCACCCUCACCUACGACAAGGAGAAGGGUGCCGUCUUCAGCAUCGCCAACGAGAAGCAGGCCCCCACCAUCAGCAGCCCCGGCUACAUCUUCUUCGGCAAGCUCGAGGUCGAUCUGGUUGCCGCCCCUGGUGCUGGUAUCAUCACCAGCAUUGUCCUUCAGUCCGACACCCUUGAUGAGAUCGACUGGGAAUGGCUCGGUGGCUCCCCCGACGAGGUCCAGACCAACUACUUCUCCAAGGGUGAUACCUCCACCUAUGAUCGUGGUGGCAAGCACUCGGUUUCCGCCUCGACCUCGACCUUCCACACCUACACGAUCGAGUGGACUCAGGAGUCCCUGACCUGGUCCAUCGACGGCGCUCCCGUUCGUGUCCUCACCUACGCCGACGCCAAGGGUGGAAAGACCUAUCCCCAGACCCCCAUGCAGGUUAAGCUCGGUUCCUGGGUCGCUGGAAGGUCCGACGCCCCCGAGGGCACCGUCCAGUGGGCUGGUGGUCUCGCCAACUUCGACAACGGUCCCUCGCACGCCUACUACAAGCGUAUUGAAGUUGCCGACUACAUGGGUGGCAAGAAGGCUGCCAAGUCCUACAUCUACAGCGACCGCUCCGGCACCUGGGAGAGCAUCGUCGUCGACACUGAGGGUGAGGGUCUCCAGGACAAGCAGGUCGAUGGUGGUGAUGACAACAAGUCCAAGUCUACCUCCGCUUCUGCUUCUGCUUCUGCCUCCGCCUCCGCCUCUGCCUCUGGCUCCGACAACAGCACCGCUUCCGCCAAGCCCACCGCCUCUUCCACCGGCGGUUCUUCUUCGCCUUCCGGCACUGGCAGCUCCGCGGGUGCUCAGGAGACUGGUUCCCAGGACUCCGGUGCUUCCCUCGUCCAGAGCGUCACCGUCGCCGGUGCCGUCCUCUCUGGUCUUGCCAUCUUCGCCAACCUCUUCUAA